CCCAAGUUUCUUUCUUGACUUGAGACAAAAACUUUUGUUUGAUUUGUUUCUUUCUCAGAUUUCAAGACUUAGAAUCAUCAGUAUAACCCAGGCGAGAUUCAGUCCUUUUUGGCCCCCAGUGAUUUGACCAGAAUUGCUUUCUUUUACUGCUUUUUUUUUUCUCGUUUGUUCAACUGUUCAGGGUAUAAGAUCUUCACUUUAUGUGUUGAUGGUGCAGCAUAAAUUAAAUUGUUAUUAGGGAAUGCUUAGAGCUUAAUCAAGCAUUUGGGAAAGCAAUGGCACACUUCAAGGACGAUCUUGAUCCUGCAUUUCGAGGCGCAGGGGCAAACCCCGGUCUGGAAAUUUGGUGUGUAGAGAAUCUCCGGUUGGUUCUGGUUCCAAAAUCCUCGCAUGGGAAAUUCUUUUCUGGAAGUGCAUAUCUGGUUUUGCAUACAUUCUUUCUUAGAAGCGGCUCUGCUUGGCAUGAGAUACAUUACUGGAUUGGAAGGGAUGCAAAAGAGGUUGACUCAAUUCUGGCAUCAGACAAAGCGCUUGAACUGGAUUUAGCCCUGGGAUCUCAAGCUGUGCAAUAUCGAGAAGUUCAAGGUGAAGAAACUCAAAAGUUCUUGUCCUAUUUCAAACCUUGCAUCAUCCCAGUUGAAGGGGUGUUUUCUUCUGGACGAGCAGAUUUGGAGACUAGUACAUACCAAGUCAGCUUGUUUACAUGCAAGGGAGAUCGUGUUGUUCAUAUUAAAGAAGUUCCUUUUACUCGGUCGUCUCUGAACCACAAUGAUGUAUUUAUACUUGAUACGGCAUUCAAGAUUUUCCUUUUCAGUGGUUGCAACUCCAGUAGUCAAGAAAGAGCUAAAGCUUUGGAGGUUGUGCAAUAUAUUAAAGAAACUAAGCACAGUGGAAAGUGUGAUAUUGCAACUAUAGAAGACGGAAAAUUUGUCGCUGAUCCUGAUGCUGGAGAAUUCUGGAGCUUAUUUGGUGGUUACGCUCCAAUUCCAAAGGACUUACCCUGCAAUAGCCUACAACUGCCUGAAUGUCCGGCGACAAAACUAUUCUGGAUAACUACUCAGGGAAAAAUGUGUGAGAAUGCACCUGGUAUACUGGUUAAAGAGAUGCUCAGUUCAGACAAAUGUUAUAUGUUAGAUUGUGAAGCUGAGAUUUUUGUUUGGAUGGGAAGAAGCACCUCAAUGACAGAGCGGAAAACAUCAAUUUCAGCUACAGAAGAUUUUGUGAGAGCUCAGGGAAAAUCAACUGAAAUCAAAUUAACUUUCUUGACUGAAGGAUCAGAAACUGCUUCAUUUAAGUCAUACUUUGGUGAUUGGCCUGAAAAAGCAGAGCCAAAAUUGUAUGAAGAAGGUCGAGGAAAAGUUGCAGCAAUAUUUAAGCAACAGGGAUAUGAUGUAAAGGAGCUUCCGGAUGACAAUGAAGAAGCAAACCUGUUUAUGGAUAUAUGUGGUGAAAGAAAGGUUUGGCGGGUGGACAGUGGCAAUUUAAAUGUUGUCCCUGUUGUGGAACCAAUGAAGUUUUACAGUGGGGAUUGCUACAUUGUGCAGUAUACAUAUCUCAGCGGGGGACAGGAGGAGAAUUUAUUCUAUGCUUGGCUUGGUCAAAAAAGUCUGAUGGAUGAUAGAGUCCAGGCAAUCUCCUGCAUGAAUGACCUUGUCAAUUCAGUCAAGGGAGACCCAGCAAUGGCUCAGAUUGUUGAGGGCAGGGAACCACUGCAAUUUUUCUUCAUUCUCAAGAUACUGGUUAUUUACAAGGGAGGUAAGAGUACAGGGUACAAGACGCUUAUUGCAGAAAAUGAUAAUGCUGAUGAAACAUACCAUGAGUCUAAGACAGCUCUUUUUCGAGUCGAAGGAACAAGUUCAUACAAUAUGCAAGCCAUUCAAGUUGAUGAAGUUGCAAGUUCUUUGAAUUCUUCCUAUUGUUUUAUUCUAAAGACUGAGACUUCUACUUAUACUUGGAUCGGGAAUCUCUCCUCUGUCAGAGAUCAUGAUCUUCUCGACAGAAUGCUUGAUUUGAUCAAUCCAACAUGGCAAGCUGUACUUGUCAGAGAAGGUAGUGAACCUGAUUCUUUCUGGACAACACUGGGUGGAAAGGCAGAAUAUACUCGGGAAAAGAAAAUUAAAGAAUUUAUUGAAGACCCAAAUUUAUAUGUCCUCACAUCUUUGGAGGGGGAUUUGAAGGUGAAAGAGAUAUUUAACUACUCCCAGGAUGAUUUAACAACAGAAGAUGUGCUAAUACUAGAUUGCCAUUCUGAUAUCUAUGUCUGGGUGGGGCGCCAUUCCUCUGUUAACUCAAAGCAUCAAGCUCUUACUCUUGGCCUGAAGUUCCUUGAGAAAAAAAAGUCACUUAGGCAGCAUCAAUUGGAGCCUCCUCUUUAUGUUGUUACUGAAGGAUCUGAACCACCAUUCUUCACUUGCUUCUUUCAAUGGGAUCCCUCAAAGGCAAAUAUGCUCGGUAACUCCUUUGAGCGAAAACUUGCUUUAUUGAAGGGAAAAACAGAAAAACUUGGAAUAAGAACUUCAUGGAAAGCGUACUCUAUGGAAACUGUCUCUAAAGAUUUGAAAAGUCAGACCAAUGGUGUAAAUGAUUCCAGAAGAAGUUUAUCUCCUAUGUCUACUGAUUUCAGCUCCAGUUUAAGAUCUUCAGAGUUUCGCCGCUUUUCAAGUCCACCUCCAGUUAAAAAAAACCUUUCAGCAGGAUCUCCUAAUCUGGACAAUAACAAUGGUUUUGUGAGUAAAGUUUCAAACCUUACUCGAAGUGCUGAAUCCCUGCAGCUUAAUGAAGCUGAGUAUGAUGUCCAUUUGGUAGCACAUCCAUAUGACCGACUAGUAGUGCAGUCAAACAACCCAGUAGCAGACAUAGACAUAACAAGAAGAGAGGCUUAUUUGUCCAAUGAAGAGUUUCAAGAGAGAUUUGGAAUGUCAAAACAGAACUUCUAUCAGCUUCCUAAGUGGAGACAAAACAAGCUCAAGAUGUCACUUCAUCUUUUCUAGGCGUGCCACAUUCAUGCGGGAAACUGGUGGCGCUGGAUGAAGUUAAUUUUCACAAGUUUUAGGUAUGUAUUCCGGCCUAAAGUUACCGGCCAAAAUGUAUCUCACUCCUCAUUCAUGAAGCAAGUUUUUAAUGUCUUUCACUGGAUAAGAAUUUUUGGUAUGACUACGGUAUUAGACAAGGAAACUUGUUCGAAGAACGAAUGUGAUAUUAUAUCCUUGCUUUUGGUUCU